AUGAGUGGAGAGAAAGCCCAAGAUUCACCUCCGGAAUCCACAAACAAAGCCCCUAUGAAUACCUCCGGUCUUCCGGGCUCAGCCAUUGCUGAGUCCGAACAGGGCAGAGGUACCGAUGCGACCGAAAUCCAGGACGCAACCUCUGUCGCACCUUCCGACCCGGCUUUGUCUUCCACUGUACCAGCGGGUUCCACACCAGCUGCUGCUGAAAGCAUCGACACACCGAAGAAACGCCAUUUGUUGAUUCCGAUCCCAUCGCGACGAUCCUCGAGAGCCAGCAAAAAACAGGGGUCGGAAAAGUCCGAUGAAGCAGCACAGGAUGAGCCUUCGCGACGGAGUUCCAAAGUGAGCAUCUUGCGGUCGAAACGGGAUCACAGUCGGGCAAGUAGCCGACGCUCGCGCCAGACUCAGGACGGUGUGAAUGCGGAGGAGAGUAAAGAGGCGUCGACUAUGCCUGAUGACAGCCCCUCAAAGCCUCAGCAGAAGAAGGGUCCAUCUAAGCUCCUGGCUUUCUUGGGUUGUUGCUCCUCUUCGGAUGUCGACGCAGAUGACACUACGUUGCCUGCAAAGAAAACGACCAUGCGGCCACCUGCUCCCAACAGGUUGCCUACUCCAAACAAGACAGAGGCUCCUACUGCUGAUUCCAGCACUGUAGAAUCAACGGAGCCAUAUUUAGACGAAAAGGCGAACUCCACAGUCAGCGCCGAUCAGCCUGGCGAAGAAGACCGCAAUGCCCCGGUCCAGGCUGCCACAGCCAGUGUGCAAAGCGAGGGGCCUUCGGCGGUUGCCACGCAGCCGAAAGUUUCUGCUCAGAAAGAUCAAACCAACGAUGUUACCCCGCCUGCCCAAACGGGAAUUGUGGUGGGAUCAGUACCUGAAGUGGAGGCAGACGCAGCGAAAGCAGAUGUAAGCACUCAGGAUUGGGAAGGUCAAUCAACCUCAACCACCGAGGACCUCACUUCUGCAUCAACCUCAGCCAUGCCUAAAAAUUUUGGCACCGACGGCCAAGAAGAAGUAACCUCUCAAGAAACAAAACUCCCCGUGGUGAUCCCUCCGCCGCCACCACCGCUGCCACCUGCACCCCCUGCUCCUGCUCGAGGCCACUAUGAGGACACAGGACAUCCUUUGCUCCCUGCACCCUUGCCUCACUUAAGCGACCGAAAGUGCUUGGUUCUUGACCUGGAUGAGACGCUGGUCCACAGCAGCUUCAAGGUUUUGGAGCGUGCCGACUUCACCAUUCCAGUUGAGAUUGAAGGUCAAUACCACAACAUCUAUGUGAUCAAACGUCCUGGCGUGGAUGCCUUCAUGAAGCGUGUUGGUGAGCUUUACGAAGUGGUGGUGUUCACUGCCUCGGUUUCAAAGUAUGGCGACCCUUUGCUUGAUCAACUGGAUAUCCACAAUGUGAUUCAUCACCGCUUGUUCCGAGAGAGUUGUUAUAACCACCAGGGGAACUACGUCAAGGAUCUUUCACAAGUCGGUCGAGACCUGAAGGAAACAAUUAUCAUUGAUAAUUCCCCCACAUCAUACAUUUUCCACCCUGAGCACGCGAUUCCCAUCAGUAGCUGGUUCUCUGACGCUCACGACAAUGAGUUGCUCGAUCUCAUCCCUGUUCUCGAGGAUCUUGCAGGGGCCCAGGUCCAAGAUGUCAGCAUGGUCCUGGACUGUACCCUCUAG